CCAAACCCUAAUAAAAUGGCAAAGCGCACACACACUAUCGUUCUCAUUGAAACAAGAAAGAAACCCUAACAGCCGCGGCCGUAGCAGACAGACGAAGAUGCAGAUCUUCGUGAAAACCCUAACCGGGAAAACAAUCACCCUCGAAGUUGAAUCCUCCGACACCAUCGACAAUGUGAAGGCCAAGAUCCAAGACAAGGAAGGAAUUCCCCCAGACCAACAACGUCUAAUUUUCGCCGGAAAGCAACUCGAAGAUGGCCGUACACUCGCCGACUACAACAUCCAGAAGGAGUCAACACUGCAUCUGGUGCUCCGUCUCCGUGGUGGUGCUAAGAAGAGGAAGAAGAAGACGUACACUAAGCCGAAGAAGAUUAAGCACAAGCACAAGAAGGUUAAGCUUGCUGUGUUGCAGUUCUACAAGGUGGAUGAUUCUGGAAAAGUGCAGAGGCUUCGUAAGGAGUGUCCUAAUGCUGAGUGUGGUGCUGGAACUUUUAUGGCGAAUCAUUUUGAUCGUCAUUACUGUGGUAAGUGUGGGCUCACCUACGUUUACAACAAGGCUGGAGGCGAUUGAUAAUUAUGUUUAGUUCUUGUUUAUGCUGUCGUUGAUUUUAUCGUUUGAGAGAUUUUUGCUAUAUGGAUUUUGGUUUUUGAUGUAUGUGACAACCCUUGGGAUUGUUGAGUUAUUUCAGAACUAAUUUUUUGCUUAUUAUUUUCA